AAUAGAUAAAAGCAACUACUCCGUACAAUUUAUAACUUCCAAUCUUGCAACUUUGAACUUUCAUAAUCUUGGGUCUAAAGGAAGCAAAAUGUUGAUCAAGGAGUCUCACGUCGAUGUUCCGACCUCUGCCAAUGGCAAGGAGGGUACUAUGCGCAUCUUUGUCUUUCAUCCCAUUAUUCCCGGAUAUCCUAAUGCACGCUUCCCUGGUGUGAGUCUUUUCAGUGAGAUCUACCAAGUCACAGGUCCUGUUGCCCGCUUCGCUCGUCAGAUCGCUGGUCAAGGCUACAUCGUCGCUGCGCCUUCAUCUUACCAUGACUUCACCGGCCCUGAGCCCCUCAAGUACGACGCCGAGGACACUGAUCGUGGCAACAAGUUCAAGAUCGAAAAGACCCUCGAGUCCUAUGAUGCCGACUCAUAUGCCACCGUCGAUUACCUCCUCUCACUUCCCACCUGCACAGGCCGUAUUGGAGCUACAGGCAUGUGUCUAGGUGGCCAUCUGGCCGUUCGCGCCGCUCUUGACCCUCGCAUCUCUGCUUGCGUUGCCUACUUCGCAACCGAUAUUCACUCCCGCACACUCGGCCCUUAUGAUGCGCCCAACACUUCAUCAACCGCUCCUCCCAACAGCAACCACACCAUCGAUCUCUUCAACAAGUUCAAGGGAGAGGUUGCCAUGAUCUUUGGUGUAAAGGACACUCAUGUCCCUGAUGCUGGUCGCGAUCUAAUCCGUGUCAAGCUUCGCGAAGCUGGUGUCCCUACUAGCUUCUAUGAGUUUGCGUGGGCUCAGCACGCCUUCAUCCGUGACGAGCUAAGCAAGGGACGUUAUGAUCCUGCCAUCACCAAGGUCUGCUUCGAGGUUCUGCUAGAACUCUUCGGUCGUGUUCUCAAGACUGAGUUGGGGGCAAAGGACGGCGAGGUCCCACCUCCAGAGCACGUUUGCUAAAUUAGUAGCCUUUGCAGAUGCGAAGUUCCUUGAAACAACA